AUGAGUGCACAGGUCUCAAUUGCAAAGGACCACGGAUCAGGCGACCGCAAGCUGCUUUUCUUCGCCGCUGCUCUCGCCGUUCUCCCUAUUGCGUCAUUUUUCCUCUCUUCAAAAUACAUCUGGGCCGGCAACGCGAACUAUGCCGCCAUCACCGCCAUAUGUGUUGCCAACAUUGUCCUUGUCGCUUACAUCGUGCUAUCUGUAUUGGAAGAUAGGCAAUCGUUAGCAGGAGCAGACGAAAGGCGAGAAAUCGAACUGAAGAAGGACCGCUAA